UUCCUUCAACGCUUCUGUCUCCAGAGCGAGCGCAGAAAGCUGAGCGGGACGUGCCAGGUCUCGUCUGGUCCUCCGGGGCGGGACGAAUGGACCCCACUCUCGAGGAAUGGUGGGCCCGAAAGGCCGGAGAAAUCAAUUGAGUGCGUUCACGGAGUCGGGGCAAACCGAAGCCCAGUCCACAUCAAUCGGGCAUAGUCUUUCGUCCUCUAUUUUUCUCCGCGAUUGCUCGUGGCAAUUCGUUUGGGGUUCUUGCGGUGGAGCUCUGGAUGGGUUUAACCAAGUUAGGGUGAGGGUGGUGCUGGUGGGCCAGAUCGAUUCGGAGGGGGAGCUCGAGAGCAUGACCCUUGUCACCUCGGGUUCUAUUGGAGGAAAGCCCCAGGACGGAGGAAGAAGAGGAAGUCUGUCGUCCUCUGCAGCAGCAGCGUAGCAGCACAGAAGGUGCUGCAUGGUGUCGAUGUGGCGAAAUUGGGGCCGUGGCUUAUUCUCCUAAUGCUCGUUUGCAAAAUGGGAACUGGAAGUUUGAGGGAAGAUGGAGGGAGCUCGCUCAGAGCAGGUGGUGAUCGUUCCUACCACCAAUUAUUCUCUUUUUGAAUCGGAGGGCGAUUUCUCUUCACGACUUUCUCUGAGAGGGAGAAGAACGCUUUUGGUAGUCGAGCAGGCCGAGCAUUCACUCCUCCGGCCGAAGGCUCCGCGGAGACGUGGCGUACCCUCGGAGAUGGUUGACUGGCGUGGACGAAUGAUUCCAAAAAGGUCAUCGUGGCCACCGGCACGGCGCUCUCUCUCGGGCCCCUUUUUCUGAUUCAGCUCAAGAGUCCAGGACAUAGAACGACGAGCAGAAUUGCUCCGCGCUCUGAGCAUUGUGCAUGUCAUACCCUGGGGCUUGGAGCUCCCGAGAACUUGAUUGUAGGAAGAGGGACGAAUGGUAAUGUCUGCCAAGAACGCUAAUUUUGUGUUAUUCAUCCACCAGUGAGUUUUCGAUUUUUAAUUAUUUUUCCGAAGCGGGAGCGGAUGCAAGAGCAAUUACAAUAACCGGAACGCAUUGAGGCGGGGAGAGUACUAUGUGAUUUUGCACCUGAAAUUGACGGAGAAGAUGGCGGGACAGGGAGCCUCACGCCUGAACGAUUUUAGCAGAGUUGCCUCGGGAGUGGCUCUCGUCCUGAAUGAAUCCGCGCGGAGGCUCACAGCUGUCGGGAAGCUGCAAUCCGGAGACAUCGUUGGAUCCACCACGGCGACUCUAAAAUUCUUUCAGAACACCGUCGCCGAUCUCACCGGGUUGACUCAGGGUCGUGUACGAAAUUACCCACCAUCUCCUUCUGGACCUCAACGAGCGGAUGACAGUGGAAUUAGAUCAGGGCUAGGUGAAGAGCCAAAAAAUGCUUCUCGUGAAAGCAGCUCGCCCCCACAGCCUGAAGAGCUUUUCCGCCCAAAUGGUGCAGCAGAGGAGUCGGGUAGGGAUCCUGGUAUUGGAACAGGGACUUCUUUGAAGACGGAACUCUAUGCAGCGACCGACAUUUCGAGGCGGGAUGAAUCGCCUCCCGACAGAGAGGUUUUGCAGAAUUCGGCCGACCCUUUCUCCUCGAAAAUUCGCGUGGACUCGAAUUUAGGAUCGGUCAUGCCUCCUACGGCCGCUCAAGUGAUGAAGGAUAGCGUGGAGAAGAAGGAUUCGAGUUUUGCACCGAAAGAAGGUGCUGCUGCUAGUGCAGAGAGUAGAAUUCCGAAUGUUGUUCGGCCGAUGAAAAGACGAAAACCUAGGGAACGACGCGUACCAUCCACUCCGAUCGGUCGGGCUAUGGGAUUUGCAGGAUUAGGAGCAGGACUUGCGUGGGGCACUCUUCAGGAGUCUGCCAAGAGAUUGUGGGGAGGCCAGGGGGCAACUCCACCAGGCCAGUCUGUUUUGUCACCUUUCAUGACCGAGCAAAAUGCUGAGCGUAUUGCUCUCGCUCUUUGUCGCAUGCGAGGUGCCGCACUGAAAGUCGGACAAAUGCUGAGUAUUCAGGAUGAAUCUUUGGUCCCUCCUCAGGUACUUGCUGCUCUUGAAAGUGUCCGUCAAGGUGCGGAUGUGAUGCCACGGAGCCAACUCAACAAAGUUUUGGACAGAGAGCUUGGAGCUGAUUGGCAGAAUCGCCUAGUUAGCUUCGACUAUGAUCCAAUAGCAGCAGCAAGCAUUGGGCAGGUUCACAGGGCAGUUUUGAAAGACGGACGCGAGGUGGCAAUGAAAAUCCAAUAUCCAGGAGUUGCAAACAGCAUUGACAGCGAUAUUGACAAUGUCAAACGGCUCUUGAACUACACAAAUCUGAUACCCAAGGGGCUUUAUCUUGAUCAAGCAAUGAAGGUGGCAAAAGAGGAGCUGGCAAGAGAAUGCAACUAUGAACUCGAAGCAGAAUAUCAAAAAAGAUUUAAAAAGCUUCUAAAGAAUGAGCCAGGGAUUCACGUACCCGCUGUUAUUGAUGAGUUUUGCAGCAAAUGUGUUAUCACUUCUGAACUUGUUCCAGGGGUAUCAAUUGACAAGGUAGCUCAGAUGGAACAAAGCAUCCGAAACGAAGUCGGCGAGAGGCUACUGCGUUUAACUUUGAAGGAGCUCUUUGUCUUCAGAUUUAUGCAGACGGAUCCUAAUUGGGGAAACUUUCUGUACGAUGAGACUACGCACACCAUAAACUUAAUAGAUUUUGGAGCUGCGCGUGACUUCUCCAAGCAAUUUGUGGAUGACUAUUUAAGAAUGGUCCUUGCAUGUGCAAACAAAGAUCGAGACCAAGUGUUAGAGAUGUCCAUUAGACUCGGAUUUUUGACAGGGGACGAGGCCAGGACGAUGAUGGAUGCCCACACUCAAGCUGCAUUCGUUACCGGAGAGCCUUUUUCCAAACCAGGUCCGUUCGACUUCCGCGCGACGAAUAUGACAAGGCGGGUGUCCGAGUUAGGAGCCACAAUGCUUAGAGAAAGACUGACCCCUCCUCCUGACGAGGCGUACAGCCUGCACAGGAAGUUAUCCGGCGCUUUUUUGGCCUGCGUCAAACUAGGUGCAGUUUUUCCCCCACGGGAUAUGCUUUUAGAAUUUAGCAGAGACUAUGAAUUUUCUGAUGCACAGCCAAAGACAACACUGUGAUCAUAAGUCCCUCACCUAACAUCAAAAAAUAAAGAUUUUAAGCGACAAGGGAGAGCUUCCCCUUCU